AAAAAAAAAAAGUCCAGCACGUUAAUCCCUUGCCAAUCGCACAUUUUGCGCUGUCCUUAUACUUUGUGAAAAGCGAUCUACCGAGGGUAAAAAGCAAUGUCGACCGAAACAGAUUAUAUCAAGCCUACCAGUGCGACUCCUGCCAUUGACACUUCCAACUGGCCACUGUUGCUCAAGAACUAUGACCAAUUGAACGUUCGUACUGGACACUACACUCCCAUUCCUUCCGGUUGCUCUCCUCUCAAGCGUGAACUUAGCGAAUAUGUUCGUUAUGGUGUCAUUAACUUGGACAAGCCUGCCAACCCUUCAUCCCACGAAGUCGUCGCUUGGGUUCGUCGUAUCCUUCGUGUCGAAAAGACUGGUCACAGCGGUACUCUCGAUCCCAAGGUUACUGGAUGUUUGAUCGUCUGUAUCGACCGUGCCACCCGUUUGGUCAAGUCCCAACAAGGUGCUGGUAAGGAGUACGUUUGCGUCCUCCGUCUCCAUGACGCUCUCGACAAUGAGAAGAAGCUUGCUCAGGCUAUGGAAACUCUCACUGGUGCCUUGUUCCAGAGACCUCCUUUGAUCUCUGCUGUCAAGCGUCAACUCCGUGUUCGUACUAUCCACGAAAGCAAGCUUCUUGAAUUCGAUAACGAUAGACACUUGGCUGUUUUCUGGGUCAGCUGUGAAGCUGGUACUUACAUGCGUACUUUGUGUGUCCAUCUUGGUCUCUUGUUGCAAGUUGGUGGUCACAUGCAAGAACUUCGUCGUGUUCGCUCUGGAGCCAUGUCUGAGAAUGAUGACAUUGUUACCAUGCACGAUGUCUUGGAUGCUCAAUGGAGCUACGAUAACACAAAGGAUGAGACCUACCUCCGUCGUGUCGUCCGUCCUUUGGAAACCCUUUUGACCGGCUACAAGCGCAUCGUUGUCAAGGACAGCGCUGUCAACGCCAUCUGCUAUGGUGCGAAGUUCAUGCUUCCCGGUCUUUUGCGUUAUGAAUCCGGCAUUGAGAUCAAUGAGGAAGUUGUUCUGAUGACCACCAAGGGAGAAGCUAUUGCCCUUGCUAUCGCACAAAUGACCACUGCUGUCAUGGCCACCUGCGACCACGGUGUUGUAGCCAAGAUCAAGCGUGUCAUUAUGGAGCGCGAUACCUAUCCCCGCCGCUGGGGACUCGGCCCCGUUGCUCUUGCCAAGAAGAAGCUUGUCAAGGACGGUCAGCUUGACAAGUUUGGCCGUGUCACUGAAGACACUCCUCAAGCCUGGAGCAAGACCUACGUCGAUUUCAAUAACAACCCUGAUGGUACUGAGCCCUCCCCAGUGAUGGGUGCCGCUGCUUCCUCUGCAGCUGUUGCUGCUGUUGUUGAAGAUGCUUCCGCCAAGCGCAAGAUUGAAGAGGUCGAAGAGGCUGAAUCUGGCAAGAAGGAGAAGAAGGAGAAGAAGGAAAAGAAGGAAAAGAAGGAGAAGAAGGAAAAGAAAGAGAAGAAGUCCAAGAAGGAUAAGGAAUAAGUGUCUCAUUGCUAUGCCAUGCUAGCAAAAUGCUUUUUCUUUACGCUUCGUUGUAAGCCUUCAAAUGAAUCAUUUUCCUGCUGCUUACACUCACUGUAAUUAUUUUUUCUUCCACCACUUCUUUGUUCCUGUAUGUAGCCAAUACACUCUUUUUGCAUUUCUCGUACAUUCCUCUCAUCACCCUUUAAAAAAAUUUGAAUAACAAAAUUAAAAUAAUAUACGAGCUACACUAAAGUGAAGAGAAGGAUGAAGCCGUCAACAUCCAAUGGGAGAUGCCUGCGAUACCGCCAGAUAUGCAUGACUGCAGUUGAGUCUUUUAGCACGGCUUAGUCUCAGGCAAGCUAUGAAAAAUAGCAUCCCAACAGGCUAUCUCCGAGCGUUCUUUAUUAUGCACUUCCACUUGUUAGUCCUAUAAAUUUGACUGUCGAUUGAGC